AUGACCGGUAGUAAAUCAACCUGGGAAAGAUUUUGUAAACUAGUAGCAGCAUACGUGUACUUUACAGUAGGCCUGACUAUUAGUCAAUUUGAGGCUAGCUCAAGGCACAUAGCCGUCGUAGCCAACAUCCCAAUACACAACACCAGUAUAUACCUGACCAAACUAUACAGUAUAAGAUGCCUCUUGAACUUGGCAGGUGCCGUCCUCGAGCUUGUCUCCUUCAACUGUAUGAAAAGUCACGGAGAUCCGAAGAAGAACCGAGGAUACUUCAGCAUAGUGAACCUGGGGGCGCUGGCGGCCGUAAGAGUGUUAUUCGUACUCGCUCUUCACUUUCCACGCCAAUUAGCAUACCACCUGUACAUUGUGCUGGCCCUGGAAGCGAUCUUCCUAGGCGCCGCAAUGCCAAUCAUUACCAUAGCUCCAGAACACGCCGUAGCUAUGAUGUUUGCGUUCAAUUCUUGUAGAAUACUAGUAACCUUGUUCCAAUUUGUAAUCGACUGGUUUCUAUAUAGUAGGCCGUUAGUGAUGAUGCAAAUACAAGCAUGGGUAGGUGCUAUUCUGAGUAUACUGGGACUAGUUUUGUGGAUAUACUAUAUAACGGGUGAUGCCUGUAUGACAGAGAAGCAGGCCAUAGAAAGUGGCAAGCCUAGUCCGGAAGAAAAGAAGGAAGAGAUUGUAAAAGUCGCCAGUUUUUCGGAGACUAUAAAGAAGGGACUGUCCCCACUCCUAAUAUUUCCAGCUGGGGCCAUUUUCAAGGAUUUCUUGUAUCCUGGGGUACUGCCAUACGCGCUUCUGCAGAGGGACAAGUGUCACAUCAUAAACAAGUGGUCAACAAUAUUGUACGGGAUAGGGUCUAUUGCAUUGUUCAUUUUUGAACGAGUAGGUGUGUUUGAAGAAUGGAAUCAUAACUAUGAUUCAAUAUGGUGUGCAACGAUCCCUAUGAAUGUAAUCGCAGUUUACACAAUGAUGGCUAUACACACUCGAAUACCAGCUGCUACGAAAAUACGAAAUUCAAAACCAAUAGUCAUGACAAUGACCUUAAUUUUAAUGAUUUAUUAUAGUUUCACCUUUCCACUUAGUUUCAACGGUGUGGCAAAGGUUGUUCACAAAGGAUUUAUAAAGCAGAAUAUGAAGGGCGACACUGCCCUCAUAUCACUACACACUAACAUGGUAUUCAUAUAUAGAUUGGUUUUUUCAAAAUUAUCAGUCGGAUAUAAUAAAACUAGGGUUGACCUAGGAUAUCACCUUCCUAAGUUUCGUCCAAAUCACAGGAUGUCUAGAUCAAAUUUAGCAUGGUAUUUUAUAAGGAACACCUUUAGAAUUGCCUGGAGAGACAUGGGUAGUGAUAUUAAAAUGAAUAUAAAAGAUUAUUUAUAG